UGAAGAAAUAAUUUUGAAUAGCAAUAGCCGUUCUUUGUGCAUUCCAAAUGACAUAAUCUGAAUGAGCAUUUCUGUUUCCAGUGUUCAUGUGUUAAAACUGACAUUGUAUUGGCAAUUAACCAUCUUUGGGGUGUUGGUAAGGCUUGUUUGCUACCUUGUUUUGAAGUUAUCACUGCACCCUUUUGUGUUUUGAGAAUGAGAAUAUAUGGGUGUCUUUUAUCCUUCAGCUCGUAUGUUUGCCAUCGGGUGCAGCAUGGGCCCAUUGAUGCACUACUGGUACCUAUGGCUGGACCGGGCAUUCCCUGCUGCAGGCUUCAGUGGCAUCCGAACCGUCCUGAAAAAAGUUUUUAUUGAUCAGAUCGUGGCCUCACCAACGCUGGGGGUUUGGUAUUUCUUGGGGAUGGGGACUAUGGAAGGGCAGACUCUGGAGCACAGCUGGCAGGAACUGGAGGACAAUUUUUGGGAGUUCUACAAGAUGGACUGGUGUGUGUGGCCGCCGGCCCAGCUGGUCAACUUCCUGUUCCUGUCCCCCAAGUACCGUGUGAUCUACAUGAACGUCAUCACUCUUGGCUGGGACACCUACCUGUCAUACCUGAAGCAUCGGGUGAGUGCAGCCACGAGGGAUAACUUCAGGGAGGAAUUUGUGCCUUAGACUGUGGUGCAGGAGUAGGGUGGCUUAUUCCCGCUUUAUCUGGAGACAAUGAACCAGAAUUGUUGACUGGACCAGGCACAGAAUUAGAAGGACCACAAGGGCCACCCAGUCCAACCCUCUGCCAGACAGUAAUAGACAACCACAGGAGUCCUGAAAUAUGUCCAUCCGAUCUUUAAAAACUCCCAAAGAUGGAGAGUCCACCCCUCUCCAAGGCAGUCCAUUGCACUGUUGAAGAGCUCUUACAAUCAAAAAUUUA